UCUUCGGGCUCCGCUGGGAAGCAGAACCCGCGAGGAGGAUGGCACGGUCUCGCCCGGCGCCUGUCAGAGCGGCACCGCUUUGUCUGAGCGCAGGGAGCUGUUUGUCACGGCGCUGCCAUCGCGUUACGGUGGGCGACCGAACCCGGCUCUCGUCGGGUGUGAGCGGCGUGCGGGCUGCGGGCUGCUCCCGGCCCUCCCAGACAGUGUGAGAGAAGAAUGUUAACCACAUGUCCUUAGCAGCAUAUUCUGCUUUCUGAUCACUUUCAUUAAAGAAAUAUCCCCAUCUGAGAGAGGAAGGAAGACUGCGGAAACACAGAACAUCACACCCCAUCUUAAAAAAGAGAAGAUCAAGUCUGGAGUUUCUCUGACUUCAUCUGAAAUUGUAGGGAUGAUCAAUUUAUUUAAGAAACCUUACAAGAAAAAAGCAGGCAAGUUCCAGCCUUUCAAGAAGUUAUUUGGCAGACGGAAGAAAAGGGAGCCUGUGCUGGACUGCGAGGAAGCCAAACUGAAGCCGAGCCACUCCUUUGGGAACGUCUGCAAUGGUACCUUCUCCUCUGAUGAAGAGCCAAACACUGAGCUGAGGUCUUCCCAUUAUUCUAUGGGCAGUCGAGCUUUUUCCCAUGACAGUAUUUUUAUACCUGAUGGGAGGACAGAGAGUGAACAGGCCAUCCAAGCAAUGUCACAGGAGAACGUUUUAGGAAAAGUCAAAACUCUUCAGCAACAGUUGGCCAAGAAUAUAAAAUUUGGGCAGCCUCCGCAAAUGACAGUUUCUGGGAGGACAAUGGGGGAGGCAAAUGCUAGCAUAGAAGAGGAUGUGUUUCUCGGUAGCCUCAUGGAGAUUGACUCUCAGCAGGAUACAGCGCACUCAGAGAGUGGUAAUAAAUCAGCUGACACUCCAGAUCUAUUGAGACCAAUGAAUUUGCCUGGAACAGGACAAAUGGAAGAAAAGGUAACUCCAGUCAAGUCAUCUCGGCCAAAAAGACAAUUUUCCUGCUCCGGCACAAUUGAAACCAUCAAUCUGGAUGCAGUUCCCCAGGCUGUUGCUCGUCUGGACAACAGUGCAGCUAAACACAAGCUGUCCGUAAAGCCAAAAAAGCAGAGAAUGUCCAGAAAGCACAAGAGAUUAACAAAGGGAUCGCAAAGCUUAACAAUAACGGAGUUUGAGCCAGAGGAUCUAGAGACUGAGCUGUUUGUAGACAGAUACCCAGGCUAUAAUGGACACAUCACUGCAGACAAGCUAAUACAGAACAGAGAUGAGCCAAAGCAGCUUCAGCUGGCAGAGGAGAAAAGAACUGUAGAUCACUGGGGGAUCCUUGAAGCUGAGAAGAUAAGGCAGAUUGUAGAAAUGGAAGAACAAAGAGAACUGGAAGAACAAAGGUGCCAAGAGCUGGAGGAGCAGAUGCAGAAAGAGCAAGAGAGAAGGGACAGUGAAAAAGAGAGUAGUCAGUAUCUCCUCGAAGGAGAGAUAUCUUUGAAAAUUGAAGUGCAAGCUUGCCAGGAAGAGAGAGGACUGCUGGAGGCAGUGAACAGGCAGGAGCCAGAUGACCAGUCGUGCCAGGAACUUGAAGAGCAGAGACACAGGGAGCUGGAGGAGCAACAGAGACCAGAGAUGGAGCAGCAGAAGUGUGAGGAACAGGGUGAGCAACAGAGACAGGAACUGGAAGAACAGAAGCACCAGGAAUGGGAAAAACAAGAGAGAUGGAAGCUGGAGGAACAGAAGCACUGGGCAUGGGAUGAACAGCAGGGACAGGAGCUGGAGGAACAGAAGUUUCAGGAACACAGACAAGAGCUGGAGAAGCAGAAGCACUGGGAACAGGAGGAGCAACAAAGACAAGAGUUGGAGGAGCAGAAAUGCCAGGAAGAGGAACAACAGAGACAGAAGCUGGAGGAACAGAUGCACUGGGAACUGGAGGAGCAGAAGAGGCAAGAGCUAGAGGAGCAAAAGCACCAGGAAUGCGAAGAGCAGAGGCAGAAGGAGCUGGAGGAGCAGGGAAGUCUAGAGCUGGAAGAACUGAGGCAACACGAGACUGAAAAAUGGUGUCAGAAGGAAGAGGAAAGAAAUCUGCUGGAGGAACAAAAAGAACUAGUGGAGCAAAAUAAGGAAGAAAAACAGAGACAAGAGUUAGAAGAGGAAGAGCUUCCAGAAGCUGAAAUAAAACUGAAGCAAGAGAAAGAGGCUGAGGGUCCCAGCCAACAGAAGAAAGAGGAGGAAGAAAUGCAGCAUAUGAAGGAAAGAGGAAAGACAGAGGAAGAGCAACCCCAGAAGCUACUGGAGAAGAAACAGAAGCGGGAAGAACCAAGAAAACAUAAACUAAUCAAACAAAUGCACUUAGAAAGUACAGACAUUGUGCAACAAGAUGAACUGAAGCAGCAAAAGGAACAAGAGUGCAACAAACUGGAAGAGCAGAAAAUAGACACAGAAAGGCAAAAUGUUCAUUGGAAACAACAGGAAAAAUCCUCGGAGCAGCAAAAUGACAAGAAUGAGCUGAGUUCUGGGGGGGCUGAUAGGAAUCCAGCAGAUGACAAGCUCCAGGAGAGACUAAGACCCCAAAAAGUCAAACAGCCUGAAAAGGAGAAUAAAACAGCAGAAGAAAUCCUGGCCCAGAAACUGAAGAGAGAAGUUGAUGCUCAAGAGCAAAAGCGAAUUGGGGAAGAACUUAGGUGGCAGGAGGUAGAUGAAAGACAAACUGCAUCCAGACCCUUCACGUUUCAAGUGUCUUCUGGAGAUAAACAGAUCAUAUUUCAGAAAGUAAAUCUGAGUCCAGUCAUGCCUGCUAAAGGAGCAGGACUCUCUUCUCCAUCUAUCAAGGACAGCAGGAUGCACAUGUCCAGCAAGGGCUCUCAUACGCUCCCAUCAUCUGUGUGUGUUCCCCACACAGCUAUUCUAGUUACGGGAGCACAGCUGUGUGGCACAGCAGUUAACCUGAACCAGAUAAAGGAUACAGCUUGUAAGUCAUUGCUUGGUUUAACAGAAGAGAAAAAAAAUGUAGAUAUUCCUUCACCAGAGAAAGCCCAGAAAAAAUCUCCAGGUCCCAAACCCAGCAUCAGUAAAACGAAAUACACACAGGAGUCAUUGGACCAAGCCACAUUAGCUGAGUGGGCCUCCAUCCGUUCUAGAAUCUUAAAGAAUAAAGAAAACGGCAAAUACAACGAGAAGGACAGAGUAAAUACCUGCAGACACAGUGAUGACUGGACACCCCGAGGACGAGGUUCUCCCCAUGGUAACCUGAGGAAAACCCUGUCUGCAAAUGCAAAGUUCUCAAUAACACCAGCGUGGCAGAAAUUUUCAGAAGGUUCCAAAACCAAUUCAGUCACUGAGAAUGUAAGUGCAGCAAAAGGCAGUGAAAAAGUAGCUGCGGGAAGAAACACUGGCUCGUCCGUUGAUGCAAAUGAGGGUGUAGUAUCCACUUUUAAGGAUAACUUAUCUGAAGUGGCUAAAGAGAAGACAGAAACCCACAGUGAAAUUAUGGACAACACGGAGGGUUGUAAGUUUGCAAAAGAUCUUCCAUCUUUCCUUGUUCCAGGUUUUCCUCGUUCUCCAGGUAAAGAGUUACCCCAAUCCGAACUUCCAGGUGCUCUGGAAAAUCAGCAGAGUAACAACAGCACAAAAAAAGCAGAUAAACCAGCACCUAAUGGAGAAGAAAAUGUUUCUCCCUUUGGGAUAAAAUUACGGAGGACAAACUAUUCUUUACGUUUCCAUUAUGAUCAACAGGCAGAGCAGAGGAAAAAGAAAAGAUACAGUGCAGGAGAUAGUUUUGAUGGUGUGCCUGACCCACUACUCACAACAGAAGGUGAAAAGGAAUCUGCUGUUUUUGCUCCACAAGAGAGUGCAUCCCCUGGCACAGAGAAAGCAAAUGUCCAUGGGAAUUUAAAAGACUCAAAAGAUUCUUCAGUUACUGUGUUGGAGAUUUCACAACCAGUGCGCACACCACUGCCAGCCACCAGCCAGAGCGCUUUACCUCCUCAUGAGAAACCAGCAUGCAAAUCACUGUUCCCACAGAAACCUGCUUUAGCUCCAAAGCCUGCCAGCCAGACACCUCCAUCAUCUCCUCUCUCGAAAAUGAACCGAUCGCACCUGGCUGAUACACUGGGGCAGAGGUUUGUUAAGGCUGAAUCAGAUGGGGGUUGGAGAAAAGAUGACAGAGCAGUGCCUCCGGUGGCACUGAAUGAGAGCAAAAAUGAAGAGGAAGAGAUCAGAGAAAAGAAGUCGUUUUUCCCAUCUCUAAGUAUUCCCUGGAGAGAGAAAAAUGACAAAAAGCCUGAGCCAUUGAAGAAAGAAAAACCAGUCCUUCUAAGCAGACACUCUUUGGAUGGCUCUAAAUUGAUGGAAAAAGUUGAAGCUUCACAACCACUAUGGAUCACAUUAGCGCUGCAAAAGCAGAAGGGAUUUCGUGAGCAGCAAGCUACUAGGGAAGAGAGGAGACAAGCCAGAGAGGCAAAGCAAGCAGAGAAGUUGGCAAAAGAAAUUGCUGCUGUAAAUAAUCAAUCAGAUAAUAAAAGCGGCAGCAGCAGCAAAACGAGCACACUGCAGAAAUCUACAACCCAAGAAGGGGAGAAGAAAAUUGAGACGGCUGUGUCAAGACUAGAACGAAGGGAGCAGCUGAAGAAGUCUAACACCCUUCCAACUUCUGUGACAGUGGAAAUUUCAGAUUCUGUUCCACCAACACCACUGGCAAAAGAGGUGGCCAAGAGAUUCUCCACACCUGAUGCAAACCCUGUGUCAACAGAACCAGCCUGGCUUGCACUGGCUAAGAGGAAAGCAAAAGCCUGGAGUGACUGUCCACAGAUCAUAAAGUAAACUGUAAAAUGGCAUCUCUAUUGCUGCCUAUUAACUGCUUUCUUUUUAUUUAUUCAGCUUUUAAACACAUGACAAAACUGAAAAUGCAUGUAUCGGAGGACUGGAAACUGAACCGAUUACCAUUUUGCUCUAGCUCACUGUAAAGCCUAUUCAAGUCCAUAUAUUCCAUUGCUUUGACAAAUAGCUAAGUGAGGUCACAAGAAAUUUCAGAGCCAGUCUCUCUAAAAAUUCAAGAAUGCUCAAAUACUGGAUGAAAAUUUUAGCCAGUAUCAUAACAAGGGGCAGAACUUCAGCAGCUCCUUAAAUUCUCUUGAAUUUGGUUCUGGAAUUUUAGAUCUCUGCAGUUAAGUGGAGAUUUCAGGAAAGUUUUUCAACAGUCCUCUGUUGAAAAUGAAUGCAAGAUGCAUGUUCCCUUCUCUUACUUCUAAAUUUUCUUAAGUGUUAAGCUGUAUGAACUGUCAGUAGUUCUACCUGCUAUUUAAAAGCGUCUUACCUAAUGAAGAAUGUUGGUAGACUUCUAUCCACCUGCAAAUGAUAAAUAAGGUGGUACCAUUCAAAUGCUGAGCUAUCAUGGGAUUAUUGUGUUAAUAUCCCCCUAGUCCUAAGAAGAAAACAAUUCAUCCAACUUCAUAAAAAAAUUACUCAUUAUGCUGAAGUCAGCAAGUUUUCAGCAAGAAGCCUCUACUCUGCAACUACCUGAAAGGAGGUGGCAGCAAGGAAUGUCACACUCUUUCUCCUCAGGUGACGAGUGGUAGGAUGUGACAAAGCAGUCUCACAGUGCACUGGGGAGGCUUUGCUUGGAUUUUUAGAUAGGAUUUUGUCACAGAAGAGGCUGUGCUAGGACACAGUGGAGUUCCCGCUGCUGAAACCAUUUAAGGGAUGUGUGGGCAUGGCAAUAAGCAACAAGGCUUGGUGAUGAGCCUUUGUAGGUCAGGUUGAUGGUUGGACUUGAUGGUCUUGAAUGUCGUUUCCAACCUAGGUGAUUGCAUAAGCCAGGGAAUCGGUGUUUACUGUAGUUGUUUAAGUGCAUUGCUGUGCGCUUGGCUACUUUUAAGAUGCAGAGAGAAAGCAAUUGCAGAUUUUUAAAUAUUUAAAUAAUGUGACUGGGGCUAAAGUAAGUAAAACUAUUCCUGUGCUCCUGUACUUACAGAGUUGGUAUCAGGAAGUUCCCACAGGAGCAAGAACUUAUAACUGAAGUUAACUGAGACCUGAAAUCCAGGUCAACAAGCAUCUCUAGAGCUUCAGUUUUUCUCUGCAUUUCUCCUGGUUUUAAUUCACAUAAAACUUUGAGUAUUUCAUGUAAAUUCCUGUACUUUGACCAAUACAGACAGCACACUUCAAAAGGGUUUACUUACUCUCCUUAUGUGAGCGCUGACUUACUGCCCAGUUGAUUUACCCGCUGUAGCAGAUACUUUAUUUCUUCUCUGUACCUAAAAUAGUGUUGUUCACUCCCUCCCUCUUGCAAAAAAGAAUAAAGUCCAUAAUAUAAUAAAAUUUUUAUUAUCCUUAAUGUCCCAUGGAAAUAGCUAUGUUUGAAUUUUUAAAAGUCACCCUAGUUAACAAAUCUGUAACAUGCCCAACAAGGUUUUACAAGGCAGUAUUUAACAAAGCUGAUGAUCUCCUAGUAGUGGCAAGGCUCCAAGGCACUUGAAGCCUAAAGCGAGAUAAAGGGUGAUAACUUUGGUUGAAAGACUUUGCAUCAUUAUAGAAUGAUACCACACGUAUUUCAUGGAAAUACUUUAGCCAAACUGCUGUAUGCAGCAUGAGUAGUAGCACUUUAAAUUAUGCAGAAAGCAGAAUGAAAUCUGCCUUGAAUUCCCAUUCCAAGAAUCAAAAACCAUCAAUAGUAAAAUCAUUACUAAAUAAAUACCCAGUUUUCCAUCAAACAGAAAGCAAAGGUUUGCUAUCAUGGUUACAACAGCACAAACACAUGACAUGGUGAAUGGGAAGAUCAGAACAGCAGCAAGAAGGGUUUUUUUGAGGCUCCUAAGCCAUCACUUUUACUCAGAUUCAUAUUUUAAACCCAAACUUGUAAAGUAACAUUUUUUUCCAUUAAUAUAAGCAUUUAGAAUGUUUUACAGAAAUGAAACAAUGCUGUUCUCAAAUAUUUGGAAAAAAAAAAAAUACUUACUGCUACAUAGUAAAAUCUCUGCAAGCUUUUCUGAAGAAAGAAUUUGGCCCACAAUUAUUUCUGCUCUGCUAGCACCAUGAACUCGUACUAUUUCAAUCUAUUCUUUUUGUGAAUUUUGUAAGCCUUCAGUAUGUAUUUGUAGUUACAAGAAUUAAACUGCCUGAAAUCUGUCUUUAGGAUUACUCCUUGAGAUAGGGAUACAGAUUUAAUAUAGAGAAGGUGAAAUAAAUCGGGAUUAAAGUAUUCCAGAAAGCAUAGCAUAACAAGGUGCUAUUGUGCAUGACUGACAUAAUGAUGCAAUUUUCCAAUACAGUACACUUACCUAUAGCACACAGAACAAACCUUUUGUUAAGGAUAGUCUUUAAGCUAAAGCUUCAAACCAGAUUUUUUUUUUUUCAACCAUAAAGGUGUCUAGUGUAAUAAUGGAACCUGUAUUCUGUACAGAUCUUGGUGGAAACAUUUCUAAAAUGUACAUGUCCAACAGUGACAUUUCAUGAUCAACUAACAAAACUUUGCACUAAAUACCAAUGGAGUGAAGUGUUACUUUGCUUUAGCUUUGUUGCAGCCGUUUCUGAUAAAGCGUUGGAAAUGUUAAAAACAAA